ACGUUCAGCACCGGCCGACUUGCAACAGGACGGAGAACGGAGAACGGAGAACGGGAACCCGUGAAGGCAGCAUGAACGACUACCAGUCGCUCAUCCGCGUUAUGGAAACGAAAUAUCUGGUCAGCCAGCUGAAGGACGCCUUGCGUUCUCUGGGUUUACCUGUAAGCGGCAAUAAGCCCGAACUCCAGGAAAGGCUCAGGGGACACAUUCUUCGCGUUGUUCAGGGAGGUGAUGUUGCGGCUUACGAACGUAUCCGCCAAGCUAUCCCGCUAAGUCCUGGCCGUGGAGGUGGCGGAUUGGCACAGAACGCUUCCUAUGUGCCUACUUCAAGUAAAAGCUCGGGAGCUGCAGGAUCUCCUUCACACGGUCAGCUCGGAUAUGCUCCUGUCACGUCCAACGGUGUUCGGCCGCCAGCAGCACCCCCAGUGAAUCACAUCAAUUUCAGACAGAAUCCAUUCUACACGAUACUCGACUCAUGCAGUCAACUAGUCAUUUGUCAGGCGACACCUCAACAUAGAAACACCAUCAACAUCAAUUUUCGAAUGACUCCGUUCAGGCAAACCAAACUGGCUGAACCCGACCACAAACUGUACAUUUUCUGUGCAGCAGCUGACUUUUCUCCGUUUCAGCCGACGUUGGUUGAGUUCCCGGUACAAGCAGAGUUUCGCGUGAACGACUUGCCCAUCAAGGCCAACUUGCGUGGCAUAAAGAUCAAAGGGGGUGUGAAGCCGGGCACGCAAAGUCCAGUAGACAUGACAUCAGUGUACAGACCAAGUCCAGCUGAUUAUCGUGUUGAAAUGACUUAUGCGUAUACGAAUAAGCGAUACGCAGUUGUGGUCAAUCUGGUAAAGAAACAUACGGUGAAGGAACUCGUGGACAAGAUCCGUCAAGGAAAAGUCUUGACGAGAGAAUAUGUUGUUCAUAAAAUCAAGAAAGACGCGGAAGACGCGGACAUUGUCACGACCUCUGCUGCUCUUUCGCUAAAGGACCCCCUUGGCUUUUGUCGUAUCAAUUUGCCUUGCAGGGGCUUGGCGUGUGAGCAUUUGCAAUGCUUUGAUGGCGAGAUAUUUCUCCAAUUGAACGAGCAGACGCCAACAUGGCAGUGCCCGAUAUGUGAACGUCCAAUACAGUCUAUUGAGGACAUUGCAGUUGAUGGAUAUUUUCAGGACAUCUUGAACAAAGUCUCAAGCUCAAUAGAGUCAGUUCUCGUUGACGAUGAAGGUGCCUGGACAGCGAAAACCGCGGAUCAAGAGGAAACAGCUACACCAUCAGAACAUCUAAUGAAAGCAGAAGUGUUUGAUCUAGAUGGAGACGAUACUGCUCUUAUUCCUAAAGCAGAAGCCAGCGCAACAGCAUCCCCUAUACCAGCAACCCCGGCGAGAUCUUCAGUCAGAAAACGUCCUCCCCCUGAGAUCAUUGAUUUGACAAGUGAUGCUGAGGAUGAGAUUGGAGGAAGUGAAGAGCCAGAAGCUAAGAGGCAGAGAACGUCUGAAGGUACGGAUGUGCUGCGCACUUCCACAAAUGGUUCAAGUGUCUCUCCGCAAGACCAGUGUCGUCUAGCAUUCCGGAUUCCCACCGGUGCGGCACCGCUUCCAAAUCCUGCAGGGCAAAUAGAGAACGCCUUUCCUGAUGUCGGAGAGCGCAGGGGUUUGGCGCAGACGAAUGGCUCUCUUCCUGCAGCUGUCGUCAGUCCAUCUAUUGCCGAUUUUCCGGCACACAAUACUACGCUGCCACGCCAUGGUUAGCUCCGAUCAGUUCUUGAGUAUAUAGAAUGAGGUGCUAUGCUUGCAAGUUAUGGAAGAGAGUGAGAAGGUGUUUUCAGAUGCAUUGCUUGCGGUGUUUGGGUUGCAUUAUGGGUUAUGUAAGGAUUUGGCGUUUCUGGUUUACAUAUAUUACGGGACCAUACUAUAUAGGACGCAGGCCUCAGACAUUGCAAUGGCAGAUGUCGAGGGUCAUCAGUGCUAAUUCCCUUACUGAAUAUCCAGGUGUAAGGGUGUACGGGUGUGUUCGACUGCGAUUCCAUUCCCUUCGCCCUGAAUUGCCCAGCUGCUGCUCGAUUGUGUGGGGUAACGUGAGCGUACGUGAUCGUGCAUAGCCUCGU